AUGUUGACCGAAGAAGUGCAGAACAAUUCCAGCGUCGGGACUGGAGCAUUUGGACUGACUAUUACUGUUGUCAUGCAGAACGGAGAUAGCUUUCCGUUCACAAUAACGGAGAGGGGAAUUGCUGACGAUGUGAAAGCGAUGGUUGAGAAUAUUACCGGUACCAGUCGGUGUGACCAAGUGUUGACAAUGGACGGUCAUCGAGUUGACAGCAACGCGAAUCUCGUGAAUUGCGGAGUUCGGAGCGACUCGUGUGUCAGGGUUUUGUACAACCACUCCAAAUCGCUAGGCUGCGUGAAGCUACGACUACGAAGCUUGACAGCGGAGGAAACCUGUCUUCAUGUUGACCCAAUAAAAACUGUGCUGGAAACCAAAGAAAUUUAUGAAAAUUUAACCGGAAUACCCUCAAGUCAGCUAGAUUUCAUCUAUAUGGGAAAGAUUAUGGAAAACGCCCUUUCGCUCCUCGAAUGCAAUGUGUCAUCGCAGUCCAUCGUCUAUGUUGUAUUUAAACAUAUCACAAUAUUUAUAGGAACAAAAGAACAUAAAUUCUAUUGCUUGAAAGUACAUGCAAAGACCACAGUUUCGGAAAUCAAGGCGAGAAUAUACGAAAAUGCAGGAAUAGAAGUCAAAGAACAGAAACUUGUUUAUAAGGGGAAAGAACUAGAAGAUGAAUUUGACCUUGCGUUUUACCGAGCGUUGAAGCCGAAUGGUGUUUUUCAUCUAAUCGUCAGUGGUGGGAAAGGCGGACAGUCAGUGUCGUCUGCGAAAUGUGAUGAUAAACAAAAAUCACCCGCUCCACAGGAACAGGUGCAUGAAAUUACCAAGAAGAUCCCCACUGAGUAUUGCUCUAUUAUGUGA